GUUUUUUAGAAAUUUUUUGCAUAAUUUUGAAUUGCUAUUGAUAACACACAAGGGACAUGAUCAAAGAAUAGUUUUUUAGUAAUAAAACCAAGUUUCAAUAAUCAUUCUGGUUUAUUCAAUCUACUUUCUGCAUCAUUCAUUUCAGGGGUCCUUCAGUUCACUCCAAUAAUAUAUUUUUUUUAUCCCUUUAUCUACUCCGCGCUUGAUUUGUGUUUGUUUGAAUGAAAAUUUACCGAUCCAAAUUACAAAAUAUGAAUUUCACAAAAGAGUAUGAAAUGUAAUCUCAGUGUAGAACUGAAAAUGAAUUCCGUCGGUACCUUUGUUCACCUGAUCGCGUUUUUGUUUGUAUCGGUCGAAUGUGUCAAGUUACUCAGAGAUGAAUCUCAGUGCAGUCUGCUUCAACUAUGCGGCAAUAAACCAAGCGCUACAGAAUUAGAUUUAUUGGAAUGUGUUCAGCGUUUCGAUGCAUCGCAUUUCAACGAUAAAUGUCGAGCUGUGAUAGGUGAACAUGCACGAAAUUUCUUCAGAGAUGAAGGUCUUCGCCGUACAUUGAAUCAAAAUUGCCCCGAUGAUAUUAAAACGCUACCAUGUAAACCAGAACAGAAAUAUAUUUCAUGCGUAUUAGAACAGAAAGACAAGCAGACUGAUUUCUAUUGCCAAAGUAUUAUCCAACGGAUAGAAUACCUGCUUAUGUCGAGCUUUAAAUUUGCUUCGAAUUAUAUUCAACUAUGCGAAAAUGAUAUUUCAAAAUUAAAGUGCAACUCGGCGCUUAAUAACGAGUAUUCUAUGACCAUUUUCGAAGACGGAGGUGUUUUGGACUGUUUGCAAAAACAAAUCGAUAGCAUAAUCAACGGCGAAUGUAAAGAUGAGAUCUUAUUUAUAUCUGAAAUCCAAGGCGAAGACAUCCAGUUGGAUAAAGUAUUGCAGUUUUCGUGCUCUAAAGAUCGAAGGAUGUUCUGUUCGGAUUCGGAAAACGCUAAUUCCGAAUUGACGUAUAAAUGUUUACAAGAUUCCAUCAACGAUCCUAAAAUGACUCCUCAGUGUCGAGAACAAUUAUUCAAACGAGAGAAACUAGUCGUUAAAGAUACUGAAGUCAGUAAAGGUCUAGUUCGAGCUUGUCGAGCUGAUAUCAAAUUAUAUAAAUGUAAACGAAGCACAUCUGAUCAUCGUAAAGUUAGAUUGGCUCAAAUAUUACUGUGUUUAGAGAACGCAGCUCAUAAUGGUAGUAAAAUCAGCGCAGACUGCCGAUCGGAGAUGGUCAGACAUAGGAAGUUUCUCAUGGAAGAUUACCGACUUUCUCCCGAAGUAGUUGGAAAAUGUUCGGAAGAUAUUGAUAAUUUUUGUAACGGACUGGAAUCCGGUGGCAAAACAAUCCAUUGCUUAUUAGAACAUUCGCGUCCAAAACGACGUAAACAAACUGUCGUUUCUAUGCCUUGCCAAAGAGCUCUAGAAAAUUUGCUAAAGAUAACUGACGCUGGGGAAGACUGGAGAGUCGAUCCUAUCUUGAGGAAAGCUUGCGAAUCGGUUGUUAGAAACGUUUGCCCAGACACAAUUGGAGAAGAUGGAAAAGUUAUUUCGUGUUUGAUGGAUAACAUCAACUCGAAUAAGAUGGAAAAUGAUUGCGAAUCAGCGCUCAUGCAAAUACAGUAUUUCAUAGCACGUGAUUUCAAAUUGGAUCCUCAACUUUUCAAAGCGUGUAAAAAUGACGCUGUUAAAAUGUGCCAUGCUAAAAAUACCUGGAACGACGAGCCUUCUAGAAUGGAUCCAGAACGAGGCCCGUUAGUCUUACCAUGUUUAUACAGAUACGUAUACUCCAUCGAAUCUACAAAUAAGCUGAAGCCAGAAUGCGAACAACAAGUCAGAAGAGUGAUGAGGCAACGAGCCGUCAGUGCCGAGCUCAUACCCGAAGUUGAAGAAAUGUGUAUGGAUGAUUUGGCUUUAUAUUGUACCCAAAAGACCGGACUUGGAGAAGAGAUGUUAUGUUUGCAAGAUAAAUAUACCAGUUUGAAACCGAAAUGUAAAAUGGUCGUGGGUAAUUUCACUGAAGCUGAAGCCUCUGAUAUUAAUUUAAAUCCAGUUGUGAAAACACAUUGUAGAAAAAUACUCGACGUGUAUUGUAAAGAAGAAUUACGUAACGUCAAAGGAGACUCACACGAUGCGAUGGGAUGUUUAAUUAAGCAUAAAAAUGACGAACAAACUCGACUAGAUUAUAAAUGUAGAGCAACUAUCGAACAUUUCCAGUUGAUUAGUAUCAACGAUUAUCAUUUCACUGUCGCAUUUAAGGAAGCAUGUCGACCUUAUGUGAUUCGAUAUUGCCCCAAGGCUCAUACAAAAGCUCAGGUCGUUGAAUGUCUCAGCGAAGUCACUCAAAACGACACGUUAAAAGACGAGAAAUAUAAAUUAUCCAAAGAGUGCAGAUAUCAAUUAAGGGGCCAGUUACUCCAACAAAGAGAAUUUAUCGACUUGGAUCCGAAAUUAAAAUCCUCUUGCGAUAAAGAUAUAAAAACGUUGUGCAGUAAAGUGGAACCAAAAUCAGCCCAGGUUUUGGAAUGUCUUGUCGAACGUAAAAAUUCAUUAAGUGCUCCUUGCCAUAAAAUGGUGUUUAAAUUAGAACAACACGACUUCACCGAUAGUUCGAGUGAUUAUACAUUGUUGACGACGUGCAAACAGAUGAUCAAAGAGUAUUGUAAAGGCGUUGAUAUGUCACAAGCGCUCGUCUGUUUGAAAAAAUUCAAAGACGAGCCAGUCUUUGACAGCAACUGCAAAUCAUUAGUUUUAAAACGAAUGGUUGAACAAAGCGCCGAUUACCGCUUGAAUCCGGCGCUGCAAAAAGGCUGUACUCAAGAUAUUGGUAAAUUCUGUAUGUCUUUCCUGAAAAAUCACUUACCCGAUGUUGAAUUCGAGGGUAAAAUUCUAAAAUGUUUAAAGGUCAAAUUUAGGGAACGAAAAUUACGAAAAGAGUGUGAAAAACAGCUCUCAGUUGUGCUGAAAGAAUCAGCUCUUAAUUAUAAGUUGAAUCCUUUAUUACGCAACCUGUGUACUGAUGAGAUUAAUAAUAUUUGCGGCGAAGAGGUAAAACUGGAGGAAAGUGGAAGUUCCGGUAAAGUAGAAGAAUGUUUGAAAGUGGCCUUUACUGAUGGUCGAAUCACUGAUCGAGCAUGUCGAUUAGAAGUGGCUGGUUUGAUCGAAGAAGCCAAAGCUGACAUCCACGUUGAUCCCAUUCUUCAUCAAUCUUGCGCUUUAGAUAUUACGAAAUAUUGUAUAGAUGUUCCUCCAGGAGCUGGAAGAGUUCUCCAGUGUUUAGAAACAAUACUCGCAUCAGAGAAAAGAUCAUUACAGCCGGACUGUAAAUUUAAAUUAACUCAAAGAAUGGAGAUGUUCAAGAACGCAGAGCCUUUGAUCAAUUCAGAGCCGAAAAAUUUCCAAGAACUAAUCGAUCAUGUAUCCAGAUCUCCUUCUAAGAAGUAUAUCGUCGUUAGCUUAUGUAGUAUUAUUGGAGUGAUAUUCAUGUUAGGCUUGUUCUGUGGUCGAGUGACUCGCAGAGCAGUCAUGCUGAAAAAUAAAUAAGCCCAUCCGUAGUUUUUUUUCUAUCUCAAUAUAAUGCUAGUCUGAAAUUUUAUAUCAAAACGACAUAUCUAUAAGGUCUAGUUUUUAAAUAUUUUCAUAUUGUGUAUUUAUUUAUAUUGACGUGUUGUUUUUCUUUUUGAUAUUGAUAUCGAGUGAUAAUUUUUAUGUAUUGUAUUUUACUCUUCCUUUCGCGUUGUAAUGUUUUUAUUUAGGGUCUGAAACCACCGUCGAAGUUGGUACGUUUACCAAUGCUAUGUAUUUUAAUUGCUCGCUUAAGCAUCACAAAAUACGUGUAAUCGUGUAUGAAAAUUAAUAGUUGUAACUUUCAUCGAUUUUUCCAAUUAUUCAAUUGUGAUAUGUUUGCGUUUAUAUUGAUAAGUUGUUGAAACGUUUACUUAGUGUUGAUUUAUACGAAAUAAAUGCGUUUUAAAUAA